GGCCUAUAAAGUGGACCAGCGUCGCGUUUAAGACGCUGUGUGACACUGUUGAAGUCUGAGUGUGUGAGCGAUUAACAUUCAUGGCUUCUGAGGAACCUGGAGAAAAGACUGCACUUCAGUCUCAACAGAGAGUGAUUUACAGCUGUAAAGAUGAAACCGAAGAUGGGAGCAGGUUCAAGCAAAGACAGUUGAUGGAGUCCAGCAAAACAUCCACACGGAAGUCACGGUGGAUGACGUUCCUGCUCUGGCACAUUGGUGAAGAAUGGAUCCUCCUCAUCCUGUUAGGUUUCAUCCCAGGAUUCUUCAGCUGGGCUAUGGACUUUGGGAUUGACCUCGGCCUGCAUGGUACAAGGAAGCUGUAUGCAAUGGCGCAUUAUAACAUGUUCUUGCAGUAUCUGGCCUGGGUUUCAAUCCCUGUACUGCUGAUCUGUUUCUCUGCAGCAUUUACUUACUUCAUAGGACCACAAGCAGCAGGAUCCGGGAUCCCAGAGAUGAAGACGAUUGUAAAAGGAGUGAUGGUUAAAGAUCACCUCAGCCUCAACACUCUGCUGGCCAAAUUGGUGGGUCUGACCUGCGCCCUGGGCAGUGGCAUGCCUCUCGGAAAAGAGAGUCCUUUUGUGCACAUUGGAAGCAUCUGUGCCGCACAACUCGGCCGCUUCAGGACAUACAUUAGCGGUGCUAAAGAGAGCGAGUCUGAAGCCACUGAGCUGCUGCUCGCCGGUACUGCUGUUGGAAUCGCCUGCUGCUUCGGAUCUCCCAUUGGAGGGAUUCUGUACAGCAUAGAAGUGGCCACAUCAUUCUACAUGGUGCAGUGUUACUGGAAAGCUUACGUGGCUGCUACGAUCAGCGCCGUCAUCUUCAGAAUCCUACCUGUCUGGAGCGGAUACAACGAGGGAAUUAUUCCACUGUUUAACACUGAUUUCCGUCUGGAAUUUCCAUACGAGCUCAAAGAGUUUCUGGCCUUCGGUGUCCUGGGGAUUCUAAGUGGACUUUUUGGAGCAUUUUUUGUCUUCAUGAAUAGCACCAUGGUGCGUUUUAUCAGGAGCCCCCGACGCAUCAGCAAGUUCCUUGUGAAGACUCGUGUGCUGUAUCCUGCUAUCAUCACACUGGUCAUCGCUACGUUGACCUUUCCUCCUGGAUUUGGACAGUUCAUGGCAGGCGAGGUAACAGCCAAGGAAACUCUCCUGGCACUUUUUGACAACCACACCUGGUAUAAACAUCUCCAAGGUGACCAUUUUGAUCACUCGGAUCACUCUGUGGCGUGGAAACACCCGCGAGUCGGCGUCUUUGUCACACUCACCAUUUCGGUCAUCAUGAAGUUCUUCAUGUCAGCGGUGGCCAUCUCCAUGCCUCUCCCCUGUGGAGCUUUUGUACCUGCUUUCGUUAUCGGUGCAGGUCUCGGCCGAUUGGUCGGUGAGGUGGCAGCUGUGGUCUUACCUGAAGGAGUUCAUUCAAACGGCACUGUUUACUCUUUAAUACCAGGAAGCUACGCUGUAGCAGGAGCAGCAGCGAUGUCUGGUGCAGCUACUCACACCAUCUCCACGGCCAUGAUCGUAUUCGAGUUGACCGGUCAGAUCAACUUUCUUUUCCCAAUUAUAUUUUCUGUAAUAGUGGCUAAUAUCGUAGCCCAAAGUCUGCAGCCGUCACUGUAUGAUGCACUCAUACGCAUCAGGAAACUUCCAUAUCCCGUAGAGGCCACGUGGGAUGACAAGGAAAAGUCUGAAAUUACUGUGGAGGACAUCAUGCGGAAAAACGUGAAGUACAUCACACUUGGCUCCACUUACAGAGACCUGGGGAACAUUCUGCUCAAUAAACUGAGAACCCUCCCGUUAGUGAAGUCUGAAGACUCAAAGAUACUGCUGGGUUCUAUUGAGCGCGCUCAACUGCAGACGCUGCUGUCCAAUCAGCUGAGCCGCAGACGGAGACUCGAACACCUCAGUCAUCAGGUGCAGUGCGAGUCUGGAGCCCAUGAUGAUGCCAAAGCCACGAGAGAGACCUGUGUAGAAGGAAGCUCUUCUAAAGCACUGCUAACAGAGAGAGGUUUCCAAGAACCAGAGAUUACCUUGAAGAGCCUCAUCUGUCCUCAUACCAGAGUGGAUGUAGAGGAUGCAGAAGAUCCAGAUGUGGAAGAGCGCAUGACCAUGAAUGAGAUAAUUAGGUGGGAAGAGCAACAGCUUGAUGAGAAGAUCAACUUCGACCUCUGUAAGAUCGACCCGGCGUCUGUACAGAUCGUUGAACGAACCUCACUGCAAAAGAUCCACAAGAUCUUCGCCAUGUUGGGUUUGGACCAUGCCUACGUCACCAGCGCCGGCAGACUCAUCGGAGUCGUGUCACAUCAGGAGCUACGGCAAGGCUUUGAGACUUCAGUGAAGUCGGCCGGAGCGAGAACACACCCCCCGAUGUCCUGCUUCAGAGAGAGCAGCACCAGGCUCAGGAAGACGGCGACUCCAGAGGCAACAGAGCUACAGAAACUUCUGGGCAGCCGAGACAGCCUGAACCAGAAGAACUCAUCGUGAAGGAGGUCCAUGUGCAGCUCCAUCUGCAACCGCAGAGAAAACCAAGAUCCAGAGCUGAGAUGGGAUUACUUCCAGCACAACAUCUCCAUCAUCUACACCUCAUAAUGAUGGGAUUUAUCAUUUAUACCCAGAUUCAACAAAUGAUCUGAUCCUAAACUGUCUCCUGUUCACGUCUAAUCUACUCCAGUGAGCUGGAACACGACUGCGCUGUAAAUUCUACAUCAGAGGAAAAGAAAUAAAUACAAUUCAACUAAAAAGUUAUUAAAUACAACACGGUCACAUCUGAAUAAACUCAUGACUGAGACUCGUAGUCUCGAAAAAAACAGAAUUGGGUCUAAUUAAAACACACAUUUUACUGUCCCGGUGAACUCCAGACUAUCCAGAAUUUUUGGUGCUCUGAAUAAAUCAAACGACAUUUUUGUAAAAUGACGAUCCGAUAAAUAAUAAAUAAACACUCACCUGAA